GGCUUGCCCAUGGCCACUGGGCAAGAAGCUGGCCCUCGUCCACACCCUCUUGCAGCUUCCUGGAGGCUCCUCUGUGACUUUGCCUUCCAGAGAAGAGCAGGGAGCUUUGGAAGGCAGGUCCUUGGGAGCCAGGGCAGAAGUGUCUGCAGGGAAGAGACAAUGGCCUGGAAAUUAGUUGUGGGGCAGAACAGGUACAGGCUGGCACCACAGAUUCCCCCAGGAGUGGGUGAGGCCCCAGUUACUGGCAUUUGGCCCUGGUCCUGGGGCCUGGCUGCCAGCUUCUGCCUGGCUGGAUAGAGGACAGCAGCUGGCCUCUCAUCUCUAAGCUUGCCAGACACAAUGUCAGGGUAAAGGGGCCCCUAAGGGGCCUCGAGCAGGAGCGUUGAGGGCAGCGCCAGCUCAUGUUCAUGGUGGGCAGCUCUGCAUGGCUGCUAGUGCUGGGUACACAAGUGCAGGCUGCCCUCCCUACUGGCAUGGCGCCCUCUGGAGCAGCACAGUAUCCCUUGGAGUUGCAGGGGUGUCCUUAGCAGGGCUGGGAGAGGACCAGAGGCUGGCUGCUGGUUAAAUUUAGUGUGUGAGGCAAGGCAGCUGUCUAGGGUCCACUUGUCCCAGGGCUGCCACUUGGGCCCUGCCUGGGGCCAAGCCCGUAUUAACCUGUGCCUGGGCAUGACACAGGGGGUCAAAGAGGCAGGCUGUCCUGGCAGCGGAGUUAAGCUGUGUGAGGUGAGGGUGUGGCCAGCCGGGGCUCCCUGGUGGCUUUUCUCCCAGCCAGCAGGGUCAGAGGAGCCAAGACCCCCCCCCCCCGCCCCUUGUUUUCUAUCAGCUGCCCAUAGCACAGCUCAGAAGGCCCUGACUCACACACUGUUAGGUGCCAGCUGCUGGGGUAGACCAAUGCCUGGGCAUAGCUGGUCAGCUCUCUGAGGAGGAGGGGCUCUAAGGGCCUAUCACAGUUCCCUUCUCGUUCUCUCCACCAAUCUGGAGCACAAGUGAAGGAGACCAUAGGUCACCCCUACCCUGGGGUGUGGUUCCAGGGGCAACCCCUGCUGGUGCCUGAAGAAAGGCAUGACCUCAAUCUGGACAGCUGAGGUGUGAGGUGUCCUGGGCCCAAGGUUGGUCUGCCUGACUCCAGCCCCCUCCCCUCAACAUCUCCACCACCCUGCGGUGUUGUUCAGAGACCAAGGUCCAACCACAGUGCUAUUGCAGCCUCCAGGCUGUGGCUGCCAGCCCGAUGGAAGCCAGAGGCUGAGCUUGUCACUCCCCUCCCCCAGCACCCCCCAGGAUUCCUGAGGCCUGGCUCAGUUACCUAGGAGACAGGGGCACUGGCCCACGCAAAGAUGGGGGUGCCAAGAGGGGUAGCCCUCAGCCGAUCCCUACUGGGGUAAAUCUCCAAUGGUCCCAGGAUCCAUGCUCACCUUGGGGUCAGCCCUUUCUAGCUCUGCCAACCCCCCAGAGCAGCAGGGCCCAGGCGCUUACCCUCCCCCACGCUCAGUCCCUCAGUGUUUGGACCUUACUUCUGCACCUACCCCCCAUCUGGGUUUUGCUCUCCUUUCAUGGGGACACUGGGCGGACACUGGGCCUCGCCCCAAGCCCCGCCUGCUGCCUCACCCACUCCCUCUGGCUCCCUGGGGCAGAGCUGUGCCCAGACGGGUGGGGCGGAGCCCAGCUGUCCCAGCUCCUUCAGCCCUGUCUGUCCCUUUCAGUGGGACCAGCAAGCUGCAGCAAAGAGGGUGCCCUCUCACUUUGCAUCUCCCCAAGCUAGGCUCCUCGCUCCCGGCCUUGGCCCACGGAGCUUGGACCCACCUGCCUCCUUCCCUGCUUUGGGGUCCUGCCAUCUGAACUGCCUUCCUGCCUGGUCUGAGCAGAGCCAUGGCCUUGAGGGCAGGUAACCAGAAUCAGGCUGCAAGGAACGGGCUGACGGAGAAGGUGUUGACGCUGGACACCAUGAACCCGUGUGUGCGGAGGGUGGAGUAUGCCGUACGCGGCCCGAUAGUACUUCGUGCCUUGGAGCUGGAGCAGGAGCUGCGCCAGGGUGUCAAGAAGCCCUUCACAGAGGUCAUCCGUGCUAAUAUUGGGGACGCACAGGCCAUGGGGCAGAAACCCAUCACCUUCCUGCGCCAGGUCCUGGCCCUCUGCGUAAACCCUGAUCUCCUGAGCAGCCCCAACUUCCCUGAGGAUGCCAAGAAAAGGGCAGAGCGUAUCUUGCAGGCCUGCGGGGGCCACAGCCUAGGAGCCUACAGCACCAGCUCCGGCAUCCAGCUGAUACGGGAGGACGUGGCGCGGUACAUCGAGAGGCGCGACGGAGGCAUCCUCGCGGAACCCAACAACAUCUUCUUGUCUACAGGGGCCAGUGACGCCAUCGUGGUAGGCCGGGCCUGGACGGUGCUGAAGCUGCUGGUGGCCGGCGAGGGCCGCAUGCGCACGGGAGUGCUCAUUCCCAUACCUCAGUACCCGCUGUACUCGGCCACACUGGCGGAGCUGGACGCGGUGCAAGUGGACUACUACCUGGACGAGGAGCGCGCCUGGGCGCUCGACGUGGCCGAGCUGCAGCGCGCACUACAUCAGGCCCGUGACCACUGUCAUCCCCGCGCGCUCUGCGUCAUCAACCCCGGCAACCCCACUGGGCAGGUGCAGACCCGCGAGUGCAUUGAGGCCGUGAUCCGCUUUGCCUUCGAAGAGCGGCUCUUCCUGCUGGCUGAUGAGGUGUACCAGGACAACGUGUACGCUGAGGGUUCGCAGUUCCACUCAUUCAAGAAGGUGCUUAUGGAGAUGGGGCCACCCUACGCCGGGCACCAGGAGCUUGCCUCCUUCCACUCCAUCUCCAAGGGCUACAUGGGCGAGUGCGGGUUCCGCGGCGGCUACGUGGAGGUGGUGAACAUGGACGCCGCGGUGCGGCAGCAGAUGUUGAAGCUGAUGAGCGUGCGGCUGUGCCCGCCAGCGCCGGGCCAGGCCCUGCUUGACUUAGUGGUCAGCCCACCCGUGCCAUCCGAUCCCUCUUUUGCGCAAUUCCAAGCCGAGAGACAGGCGGUGCUGACAGAGCUAGCGGCCAAGGCCAAGCUCACUGAGCAGGUCUUUAACGAGGCUCCCGGCAUCCACUGCAACCCAGUGCAAGGCGCCAUGUACUCCUUCCCACGCGUGCAGCUGCCCCCGCGCGCUGUGCAGCGUGCUCAGGAGCUGGGCCUAGCACCUGACAUGUUCUUCUGCCUUCGGCUUCUGGAGGAGACUGGUAUCUGCGUGGUGCCUGGGAGUGGCUUUGGGCAGCGGGAAGGCACCUACCACUUCAGGAUGACCAUUCUGCCUCCCAUGGAGAAGCUGCGGCAGCUGCUGGAGAAGCUGAGCUGGUUCCACACCAAGUUCACUCAAGAGUAUUCCUGAGCACCCUAGCCAAUGGAGGCUAAUGUCUCAGAGCCCUGUGGGCUCUGGAGCCCACUGGACUUGCUUCUGCUGCCUGGGGGCUGGCCCCUGUGUCUCUUAGGGUGCUAAUAAAGCUAUGACAUUCUCACUC